AUGGCUCUGCGUAAUGGUAAACGAGUAACAACUCCACCUCCACCUCCAAAAAGCUCCAAGAAACGCAAGGCGCCAGCUAAAAAAAGAGCUAAUCUCCGAAAUCAGAAGGAAUUGGACCUUCAAAACUCACAUGAAGUCGAUGAAGAUGACAAAACUCCCACUGGUCCUUCACUUCAAGCACAAGAUGAAGGUCCUCAACCACCAUCAAAGAAUCACCAAGACUCAAAAGAAUUCACCUCUAGGUUUCCGCCCUUGACUCUUCAAAACUAUGAGGAUAAGCUUAAAGAUUGGACCCUUGCCGACCUCAGGAAAGAGCUGAACAAUCAGAAGAAAAAACGUAACAAGCACAAGACUCAAGUUCCUACCGAGAUCAAGACCCUUGUUGAGAUCAUCCGGAUGGGGUAUGAGAAGCGCAUGUUGAUGGCUGCGCUUAUGGGUGGGGUUAGUGAGACCAUGAUUUGGUCACUUGUGCAUUCUGGUCGAAAGAAGGGAAAGAAAACAUGCUGGACAAGGUUCAUGGCCUUUGGGAAAGAGGCUCUUGCAUUAAAUCUGCCACAUCAAAACGACGAAGACGGUUGGGCAGUGCGUAACAAGAAGCUGAGUGAUAUUUGGUCAACUAAAAGCAAAGAAGAGAAAGCUGUCUUCCGCGACCCGUAUUUCUUCGCAUUGGCCGAGCUUCCCGACCUCUCAAAACAACCCGAUGCCAGUCUGAAUGACGAUGGCUUAGAAGAUGAAGAUGAAGACUUAGCUGCCGAGGUUUUGGCCCCAGCCGUACAUAAGCUCACCGACGACGAAAAGGCCAUCUAUCGACCUAUCUUCGAUCAAUUGGUGGACAUUGAGAAGGUUCAUCAAAAUCACGGCAAGCCAGAAAAGACCGAGUCUGUUGCAAAGCUUCAGCUCAAGUCAUUAGCAGGUUUCCGGUCAGCUCAUCAUGAUUUUGCUACAACGUGCCAGCGCUUUCACAUACAUUACCAUUUAGUUGCACUCAGCUGUGAUGUUGAAGACGGGUGGUUGCAAACAUAUUCGACAAAUGCGACUUUUUCGGAAUGGGCUGAAGAAAACUUGAAACUCACCACAAAAUUCAAGUAUUAUGUCCAUGGGAAGGUGGUAGCCCAGGAGAUUGAGACGAAACCACGUGCACCAGUUGACGCUCGCCGAGGUGAACUUACCAGAGAGCUCAACAGACUUCUCAUUGCCUGGGAAGAAAACGUUCCCAAAAAAGGACGAUCCUGCUGCAAUCAUCUUUGGCCGAGGCUGGCCAGUGCGACUUGUACAGAUGCCACAAAGUUCCCUUCUACCAGAAGAGCUUCUUAUGGGCUUUCGGCUUUGUGA